CCUCUCCUUCCGCCUUCAUCCGCCUCUCUGUAGCACGUUAGUGUGCGCAGGAUAUCCCAGCGGUUCUCCCCGGAGCUCGAGCCUCCUGCGCGCGGUCAGGGAUGAUCCAGCGACGGACUGGAGCCGAGAAAGCUGGAAUACCGGGGCUUAAACCCGCUGCUGCGGCUCUGAUCCAGCGGUCUGGACUGACCUGCGGACCGGCCAGUAAAGUUCGGUUGUGAAGCAGAAAGAGGAGAAGGAGAGGGACAAACACACACACACACACACACACACACACACACACACACAGGUGGGGAAAACACGGGUUCUUCCCCAACUUAUCCCUGGACGGUUCCUCCAGUUUAAACUCUUAACAGCGGGUGGAGGAGGCAGCGGGUGUUCGGGGCGAUGCAGCUCCGCGGCGGGUCCGCCUGGGAAUAACAGGAAUUCGGACAUUCCCAACUUCACUAAACAGGCAAGUGGAACAGCGCUGCUUCUAAACUACCACUCUGACUCCUCCCUCCGUCUCUUCUCUCUAUGAUAUGACAUCACCCAGCGGUUACCACAGAAACCGGCGCUCCACUGCAGACAGUUGACAGCCAGGCAGGUGCUGAGAUGGCUGCCCAGGUAGAAAUUGAGGGUAGCCGCCUACAUCUGAGUCCUCUGACGGACUCUAGUAAUAAAGGCCUUAUGGAGGGCUCACCUGGAUCACAGUCUUCUCUCAUUAUCAACCCAGAGCCAAGGAAACCUUUACCAGGCCCUAAACCCAGACUAACUCCAAAACCUUUUUCUGUGGAAAGAAACCCCACGAUACGACCCAUUCUAGCCCCUAAACCAAACCCCAAACCAAGACCUGAAUCUACUCGACCAGUUUCCUCCAAACCGGACAAACCAGAACCUCCUAGCACCUACAAACCACAGCCAGUAAGCAAACCCAGGCCAACAGCUGGACGACCAGCUUCGACCACUUUUAAACCUGGACCAAAGCCCAGUCCAGGCCAAACCACCAAGCCAGAAGCCCAGGUCUUGAAGCCAGUUCCUACUUCCGUAUCUACAGAACCCAAAAAAACGACUUCAACUCCAACUGUAAGUGUGCUGAGAAGAACCAGCUUGGGAACCUCCACAACUCAGCCCAAGCCAGGCCUCCACCCACCGCGUCCUGCUGCAGAGUGGUCUGGCGCCUCCAGACCCAAACCAGCAGGUACUUCAAUGACGAGGGCCAAAUCCAUGGGCUAUUUACCUGAAGCUGGACUUGAAGGAGAAGGAGAUAAGGAAGCAAAGGAUGUCCUCAGACCCAAUGAAGGUGGUCUCAAGAACUCCAGACCCAGACCAGUGUCUGCCAUUUUUCCUGCAGAUACAACCCAGCAGGAGCCCAAAUCCACAGCGCCCACUCCAGCACCCCGCUGGACCCCAAGACGUCCACUUUCAGCAGAUCUCACUUCUAAAUUCGAGUCCAUUGGACUUUCUCUGCACCGGCAAAAGCCUACAACAGCAGACAGCAAGGAGAACACUCCAGAACCUCCAAUGCAAGACAGCUCUACUGCUCAGGAAGGAGUGGGUGAAGCCAACAGCAAAGAGAAAGACCAACCCGAGAACGAAGGAAAGAGCAAAUCAUCCGUUUUGGAGAAAAGAGCACCAGAAGGGGAGGACACAAAACCUGAGGAAAAGGGUGGAAGUAUUGUAAAGAGGAGGAUCAGCCUUCUUCUAGACUCCUCCUCAUCCUCCUUCUCUCUGCCUGCUACUAAAGGGGCGGAGCCACGGUCUCCAGUGCAGCCAAUCCCAGACACAGAUGGAGCCAUAGGGGUCAAACAACGAAUCAAGGAGUUGACCGAGGAUAGUUCCACUGCACCGACUCCGCCCCAGAAACCCCAGUUUAAGCCACGCCCACUGCCAUCAGAUCUCACGAAACGGUUUGUGUCAGAGGUGGAAAGCCCCAGCUCCGGCGAGGCUAAAAGCCUUCAGGAGAGUGCUGAAGAGCUCAACAAGAAGUUUGAGGACCCUUUUACCACUGUGCAAUCAAAGCCCCCAGAAGACAAGAAGCCACAAGACAUUCAAGACUCCUCCAUCCAGCCUUCUAGCAACAGUGUUGGAAUGCAAACAGUCAGAGCUUCUCUGUUUGAUAAUGUGGUGGAAAGACACAAUGUUCAGAUGGUGGAGGACAGUAGCAGUUCCGCAAGUCCAGCAGUAAAACCUUUACCCAGACGAACCCUUUCUCUCCGGGCUAAAGCAGCAGACAGUACGCCCAAGCUUCUGGAGGAUGCAGAGGAUGGUAGUUUGGUCACUGCAACUUAUAGGCAGCCCGAGUCUCCAUCCAGUCCUCAGCGAGUGGAGCAUGUUUUUGACACUCUGGCUCCUGUUGAGGGGAUCCGUGCUGUCAGUGAAAGUGUACCAUCCGCUCACUUAGAGGACCGGGCCCUUACGCUCCGUUCACGAAAGUCAGAAGGGUCCGAAAGGACACGGCAGGCAAGUGGAGGGCAGGUUGAAGAUAGCAGCUUAAGCCUGGGCUCUAAAAAACAGUCUGAGACCUCGAAUCCCAGAGUUCUCAGAGUGGGGGCGAUGCAGAAGUGGGGCCGUUCAGAAGUUGUGGAUCCUGAGAAAGAAAAGCAGAAAGAGUUAGUGAGGAACAUGGAAGAAGAAAUACAGAGACAGCUGAAGGUUCACAUGGCUGCUCAAGCUGAAUUGGAAGAGGAGGAGCGACAGAGUAAGAUGGAGCAGCAGAAACAGAUGGAAGAGGAGAGGCAGAGGCAGUUUGAGGCAGAAAGACAGAGACAGAUGGAGGCGGAGAGGCAGAGACAGAUGGAGGCGGAGAGGCAGAGACAGAUGGAGGCGGAGAGGCAGAGACAGAUGGAGGCGGAGAGGCAGAGACAGAUGGAGGCGGAGAGGCAGAGGCAGCUGGAGGCGGAGAGGCAGAGGCAGCUGGAGGCGGAGAGGCAGAGGCAGAUGGAGGCGGAGAGACAGAGGCAGAUGGAGGCGGAGAGGCAGAGGCAGAUGGAGGCGGAGAGGCAGAGGCAGCUGGAGGCAGAGAGACAGAAGCAGCUGGAGGCAGAGAGGCAGAGACAGAUGGAGUCGGAAAGGCAGAGACAGAUGGAGGCGGAGAGGCAGAGACAGAUGGAGGCGGAGAGGCAGAGACAGAUGGAGGCCGAGAGGCAGAGACAGAUGGAGGCCGAAAGGCAGAGACAGAUGGAGGCCGAAAGGCAGAGACAAAUGGAGGCGGAGAGGCAGAGGCAGAUGGAAGCAGAGAGACAAAAACAGAUUGAGGCAGACCGAGCAAGAGAAGAAGCUGCAACAGCUGCCAGAAGGCAGAAGAUAGUAGAAACUGGAGAGCAUCCAGUGGCCAGACCAAGGGCAACCUACUUUGCUCUUACGGGUCAAAUGAAUGAGACUGUACACCAGGCAGCUGGAAUGGACAAACAAGGGAUGUUUGGAAGUGAAGAACGAGGGUUAUCGGAGGAACCUCUGAAGGCGGGCGUGCCUUUUGAUGACUUUUCUGUAAAAGCCGGGAGACGAGGUUAUCCGAGUAGAUCAGCUUCAGUAAGGAGGAACCCUUCAAUGGAUUCCGCACUUAGAAAAAGUUUGCCGGAGGAACCAAGGAGAAGUGAUGGUAGAGAAGGAACUCAGUGGAAUAUACCACAAUCAAAAGAGAGAGUAAUGGACGAGAGCUUGGAGAUGGAGAGACAACUGAUUGCAGAGUAUGAACGGAAACGGGACCUGGAGAAGCAGAAGGAGGCUGAGCGGGAACAAAAGAGGGAAUUGGAAAGACAAAGGGAGCUGGAGAAAGAAAAAGCGAGGCAAAGGGAUUUGGAAAGACAGAGGGAGCAAGAAAGGGAGAGGCAGAAAGAGAUGGAGAGACAGAGGGAAUUGGACAGGCAAAGGGAAGCUGAACGACAGAAACAACUGGAAAGGGACCGUCAAAAACAGAUUGAAUAUGAGAAGAGAAAGGCAGCCGAGCGAGAAUUGGAAGAACAAAGAGAGUUUGAAAGAAAACGACAGAAAGAAUACGAGAGAGAGAAGGAGAGAAUGCUUGACCAGGAAAAGCUGAAACUGUUUGAGUUUGAGAAACAAAAGGAGAUAGAGCGAGAGAGGGAAAGGCAGCUGGAGUUAGAAAGACAGAGAGAGAUUGAAAGAAAAAAACAGAGAGAGCUUGAGAAACAGAAAGAGCUUGAGAGGCAGAAAGAAUUGGAAAGACAGAGAGAGUUGGAGAGACAACGAGAAUUGGAGAGACAAAAAGAGCUCGAGCGACAGAUGGAACUUGAAAGGCAAAGGGACCUUGAAAGACAAAAAGAAUUGAAAAGACAAAGAGAAAUUGAGAGGCAAAAGGAACUGGAAAGGCAGAAACAGAAUGAACUGGAGCAACAGAAGGAAAUGCGGAGAUGGGCUCAGUCAGAACAGCAAAAGUCAGAGGAGAGAGAUCAGAGAAACAGAGAGGAUCUUGAGAGGAUCAAGGACCUUGAGAGACAUCAACUUCUUGAAUUUCAGAUGCAGAAAGAGACUAAGAGACAAACUCAUCAGGAGAGAGAAAGGGAUAAACCACUGACUAGGCCAAAGAAAGAUGAGGAAGUAGAGUCCCAGAAAGUGGAUGAAUGGAAGAGGCAGGAAAAGAGGGCAGCGGAGUCUCCAUUAAGACCUAAAGUGCUGGAUCUAGAUUCAGUUUCCCUGGGUGACUGGAACAGUAGUCCAUCAAGUCGAAGAGAGCAGCCUUCACCUCGUAUUGAUGAAGCCUACAGACCUUCUAUUUUGGACAUAGAUUCCUUUAGAAACCAAACAAAACCAGAGGUUUCUGUGGACCCUUUUGGUAUGCAGGAUUUUGCUGGAACCAAACCAGUUAAUCCUCAAGCCCUUUUGCAGAAUCUUCAACCUAGGACAGUCCCUCAGCACCAGCAGCCGAGCAUCCCUCAGCCUCAGUACCAGCUUCAGCCUCAGUUACAAUCUCAAUCUAUUCAUCCGCAAGCCCUUUUGCAGAACGUCCAACCCAACACAAUCCCUCAGUACCAGCAACCACCAUCCUUCCAACCUUCCUUCACUCCAGAGCAAGCCAGGCUUCAAACACCCCUGCAACCUCAAAUAUUGAACCAACCUAAAACUCCAUCCCAGGCCUUUCCUCAAUCAGACUGGGCCUCUGGGAGCCACCAGUCUGGCUCAGGGUGGCAGACUGAACCUCGGGGUGUGUCUCAAAGUGAAUUACCAAUGGAGGAACCUCUGUGGAUUUCCGCUUCAGAAGGUUCCAGAAGGCCCAUCAGCACCAGGCCGGGCAGCAGCAUAGAGCAAAUGCUUCAACAACAGGAAAGAAGAAGUUCAGGAUCUGUCCUGAGCCCAACUUUGACACCCUCAUUUUCCACUGUUACUCCAACCCCAACUUCUUUAACAUAUCCAGUGGUUCAAAACCAGGGCUCUAGCAUGGGAACCUCCCCGUUUAACCUUUUGUCUCCAGAGAGAAUUUGGACGACACCUGGAGAUGGAGCUUCAGUUUCAGCCUCUGUCCACAGUAGAGAGACUCCUCCAACAUGGACUCCAACCUGGGAGCUGGCAUCCCAGGAAUUGAACCAGACACAGCAAAGGAACAGAGAGACUCAGGAAUCAUCAAGGUCGCGGUCAAGAAGUGUUAGCUGGCGGUCCGCUGCUGCUGCUGAAAGCUCUGUAGAUGGCCCCUUGUCUAGAAUCAGGAGCCGGAGUGCACACCGAGAGAGAGUGCGACCAAACCGGGAGCAGGUAAAGCAGAGUGGACAGGAUGAGCAUAAAGACACAGACACUUUGGUUCAGGAGACGGACAGUCAGUAUGGCACGUGGGAAACAGGGCUACGCACAGAUGAAAGUCUCACACCAGCUACCCCCUCGUCAGAUGGACUCCUCACCCCGUCUCCACGAAAACCAACCCCUGCUCAGACACCUGAGGAACCCACACCUGCAGACGCCACUCCUGUAGACACUCCUAUCAGCCCUGCCCCUUCAGCCGAGGAACCUCUGGAGCCGCUCGCUUUUCCAGAGACCCCCACCACUCUACUGGACUCCAGUGCUCUUCGCUCCAGAGCGCAGCUUGGUAAGAGAAUGAGCCGCAGAGCUCCGCCUUCCAGAACCGCCCGCCAUAGUGCCGCAUUUACCCAGCUAACCACAGCAGAAGAAGAAGAAUGGCGCUACAGAGAUUCAACAGAAGAUAAGACAGACUCAAAACCUCAGGAGGAAGAGGAGUCAGACUCGGAGGAGCAGCCUCGAGAAUCCCGGACCCCUACCUCCUCUGCCGCCUCAUCCCAACCCCAGAGAGUCUCGCUCUUCCCUGGCAUGGACCCUUCAGCAAUCAUGGCCCAGCUGAAGAAGCGUGGUGAUGGAGACACUCCGGACGGUCCCGCCCCCUCUGCCUCUGCCUCUUCCUCUCAGCUCUCACGCUCUCCCAAGUCUCCCUUCCUCCCACGAGCUGCCCGUGUGCUGCCCCCUGCUGGUAACAAGGAGAACGGGGAGGCGGCGUCACCACAGUGGCUGAAGGAGCUUAAAACGAAGAAGCGGUUGAGUCAGUAUGAGAACGAGAGCUAGGCCUCAACAAGCACGAUGCCUUAUAACUGGAGUACCUGUAGCUAAAACUCGAUGACAGAAGCCUUAACCUCUGACCUGGAGUCGACGGGAAACCCACUGCUGCUGAUGAAUUACAUCAUCGUUCUGCUCGUGUUUAAUUGGUGGUUUGCUUUCUCUGUGCUCCGCCCCCUUCCUCCCUCAGUCCCUCUCUCCCUUCCUGUUCCCAUGGUGUUACACGUGCAUGGUGCCUUUCUAGGAGACGAGAAGAGUGUGUAUCAUUACGUGUGUAUGUGUAUGUGUGCGUGUGUGGGUAUAUGCGUACGUAUGUACGUAUGUAUGUUUGUACGUAUGUGUGCAUUUGUCUGCCUGUAUUGGCUGUAUGUAUCUACUCAGCUCCUCCUCUUCCUCUUCCUGGGAGAGGAUUCAAUUGCAUAGAGCCACUUUACUUCAUUUACUGGUGAGCUGCAGAAUACAGAAAUGGGCGGGGCUUGGAAAAGAAAUGAAAAAAAAAAAAAGAACUCAAGAAUUGUUUCGGCUCACGGGACCAUGCAGGGUGUUGGAUAGAGAGCCGAAAUUGCUUGUUUGCAUGACUGGAGUCUGCACUGGACGUACCAGUUUCUCCAUUAUUAUUACGAGCGAUAUUCGGUUUGGUUUUCAUCAUUUAUUUUUGUUUAUUUUUUGUUCAUUUUUCAUAUUUGUAUGUUCAUAGUAGUUACCUUUUUUUUCCUCAUUGCUUUUUUUUCUCAUUUUAUUCUUUAUGUUCAAAUGUUGGAUGGGUAUGGGUGUAAUAUGCACAUUUUGCAUUUCUGUAGGGUUACAGACAGAUGAUUUAAUUCACUUUUGUUUAUGUUGGACAGUAUAGGAUCAUGUAUUUAGUCAGAAACCUUCAGAGUAAUGGAGAGAUGUUGUAUUUUUGAUGGUUUGAAGGAGUUAAUCAAAACACAAGAACAAGAUAAAUAUAUAAAUAUCUAUAUUUUUAAACAGUAAAUCUUAAUAGAAAAAAGUCCUUACUAGUUAUGUUUCUGCACAGAUUGUUGUUAUAGAACAUUCCUUUUAGCUUCAUAAUGUAUCAAAGAAAGAUGCAAGAAGGUCUUUUUUUGUAUGUCUGCUGGGAAUCAAUAGUAUGAUUUGUAUGAAUUGUGUGAAUGAACACAAAUGAAUCCCUGAUUGGAGGAUUUGUAUGUCUCUCUGUCUGUCCAGAUUGUCAGGGUUUGUAUGUACGAAUGAAAUUGGACAGCUGUGCUAGACAUGUUAUGGUAACAAUGGUUGCUAUGAAUCCUGUAUUACUAAUGCGUUAUGAAUACCUUAUAAUGACUGUCAUAAACUUAUAAUAUUAAAGAGAACGAACUCACAGUGACUAAAAGUGACAAAAACAACAUAUUUCUCCACAUUUUAAAGGCAUAUAAUAACUCACUUCAUCUGUAAAGCUUGUAAUAACAUUUUAUAAUACAUUAUAAUCUCUAUAAAAGAAUUGAACAAUGUAUUAAAACUUUACAAUGGUAAUACAAAAAGUACCUAAGUUGUGUUAUACUGCGUUGUAUGUAUACUACAUUAGUAUGCAGUUAUGAACAGAUAUUACAAGGCAUUAUAAAAGUCUUGUAAAUACUUGUACUCUCUAUAAUGAAUUAUAUGUUAUAGGAAAAAAUUAAGAGACCACUUAAACAUUGAAACAUUUUUUGAAAUAUUUUUUUUAGAAAUCAAUAUUUGGUGGAAUAACCCUGUUUUUUUUAUCACAGUUUUCAUGCAUCUUGGCAUGUUCUCCUCCACCAGUCUUACACACUGAUUUUGGAUAACUUUAUGCCACUCCUGGUGCAAAAAUUCAAGCAGUAUUUGUGAGUUAUUAUACACGGUUAUGACAACCAUUAUAAGGUUUAUUAUGUACAGUACUCCGUGUAAUGCAUUACGAAUACAGGAUUCAUAGGAAUCUAUUUCUACCCAUGUGCUUUUUGUUUUGUACUUCACAUUCCUUUUUCUGUUCACUAUUAAACGAUCAUCAUAUGAGGGGACAUAACACAACAAAUUAUCAUUUAUCUUUGAUUUCCUGAUGUUUUCUUUUCUUUUAUCUUUUGCUCCCCUUCAGGCGCAUGUACAAUCAUUCCCUCUAAAGCUCACUGCAGUCUUAUAUGUCAGAAAGCUAGUGUUGGCUUGCUUUAAUCAUGGGCCAAAUAUAUGAUGAUGGUGAUGAUGUUGCACAAUCAUGAUGAGUUAAACUGGGUGUGGAUGGUUCUCCCAGUAGUUCCGCAGAUAAUGAGGAGCGCUGGAGGACACUGGUGAUCUGUGUUCUUAUUCGUAUUCUCUCUCUCUCUCUUUCUGUCCUGCCUGUUCGUUUAGUGUUUACUGGUCAGCUUAAAGGGAUGGUGUAAACGUACUGUAAGCAACACUGCACAUUUGUUGCCACUCGUUCAGUCCGGUUUGUUCCUUCGUUCAUUAGUACGUUUGUAACGUUCACCCGAACUUCCGCUGGUUCGUGGACACGCCCUCCGACAAGCACUUUCCGGUAUCGGUUGAUGGACAGCAGUACUGACCAAUAGGCUGACACUUUACUUUAUAAACGCGUGUUCCUGCAGUGUAAAGCCUGCAUAAACGCGGGAAGUACGUGAGCGAGUGCUGAUUUUUACUCCCCCGCUUCUCUUGAAACCCCUGUGUCUGUCCGCAAGUGUUUUUGUCCGUACAAGGGUUAAAUUUGUCCUUUUUAUUUUUUAAAAUCACUUUACAAAAUGUAUAUUUCACUGCGUUGUACAACCAGUGUCUGUAAAUUCAUAAUUAAAAAAAAUACAAUAAAUUUAUUUUCUUUGCUGCCACUUUCAAA